ACUAUACUUGGCCUAAUAGCAUCCGUUCAUCAUGGGCGUGUAUUGAUGUGAUUGUGAUUAAGAAGCAGCAACUAUCUUUACAUAUCGAAAAUGCCUGGAAAUUAUUUUAGUCUAGUAUGCCAGCUCCUCCUCAUUUUCUGUCUCUUCAAGUCUAUUCACUGCACAGUCAAGCGAGAGCAAGUGUUACAUAACGUGUUCAAUAAAUACCUCGACAGAAAUGAGCUCCGGGAGAAUUUCGGUCGUAUCCGGAACUUUCCUCCCCGGACUUACGGCAGCGAAGGUACUCGCUGGAGCGCUGAUGGGGUAGACGUUUUCCGAGCAAUUUGGAAUGUGCCGAAUGGGUGCCAAGAACGACAUGGGAUAGAAAUUCCAUUGAAUGACUAUGGCAUAGAAUUCAACAAGAAUCAUAGUUGGUGGACAGGUGAUGUUAUUAGCCAGUUUGAUGCGCAAAUGAUUGGUUAUUACCCCCAUGUGACUAAAGAUGGAACAUUUGUAAAUGGAGGAAUUCCACAGCUUGGAAACAUUACAGCCCAUCUGCAGAAAGUAGCCGAUGACAUUCUAACGGCGAUUUCUGAUCCUGACUAUGCGGGCCUAGCGAUGAUCGACUGGGAAGCAUGGUACCCUCAAUGGAAUUCCAUCGAACAACGCUACAGGACUUACUCCACAGACCAUGUUAGCCGUCAGCACCCAGAAUGGGACAAGGAUACCGUCAAUACCGUUGCAGCGCUGGAAUGGACAGAGGGUGCCAAGCUUUUCAUGGAAAGCACUCUCCAACUGGCCAAGCUCCUCAGGCCCAAGGCGCUCUGGGGAUACUACCACUAUCCAUACUGUACGGUGCUUGCUAACAGCACUCAAUGUCACCCCCUUCAGCCGAAACUCAACGACGAGAUCUUGUGGCUGUUCAACGAAUCAACAAUCAUGUAUCCGAGUAUCUACUUGAUACCUGAACACGUGGCCGACUUUGAAUCAUCUGUUAAAGGUAGACUGGCAGAAGCAUUCAGAAUUAGAGAGAAAUCCAGUGAUCCGAAAGGGGCCGUAAUGAGCUACACAAGGUUCAACUACACUAGCACCCAUUAUUAUUUCACUUUGGAAGAUUUGAAUCACACUAUCCUGACCUCUGCUGAGUUUGGAACCCACGGUAUAGUGUUCUGGGGAGAUAACUAUGAUGAUGGCACGCUGCAGACCUGCCAAGAGUUGAGAGACUACAUCAUCAAUGCCCUCGGACCUGUGGUGGUCAUGGCUAGAGAGGGCGCCGGAUCGUGCAGCAACAGAGUGUGCUCAGGGCAAGGUAGAUGCGUCGGUGAGAUAUUAACCUGUGGCAAAGGCGACCAUCGGCAAAAGAGGAAGACAAUAGAGGUGAAAGAUGGUGUUUGUACCUGUCGAUGUUUUGUUGGAUGGGAAGGGUAUGAUUGUAGUACUAGUGUCAAGUAUUAAGUGAGUUCAGUACUUACAUUAACGACUUGUUCAGAUAUGAAACGUUUUUUAUAUUUUUUAUCAGUGGUGAUGUAAGCGUAACGAGGUUCACAAUACUGUAUCUUGUAAUACAGAGCUCAGUGAAUAGCUGAAUGAUAUAUUUUAAAAAGAUAAUGCUGUGAAUAUACAUGUAUUUGUUUCCACUUAUUGCCAUUUGAAAGGUAUUCUUUAUGACUACCGUUAGUCAAGGAUUUUGAAGAUGAUUGACUCAAAGCAUUAUUUUUUUCUUCAAAAACUGAUUCAGUUAUUAGAUGGGUCUAGGUUUAAACAACCUUUGUGCAAUUAGGUAUUUCAAAAUCUUAACUCUCAGAAAAACUUGUGUGUGAUCACUCAAUAAUGUAGUCCAGAUUUUGUCUGUUUUUGUAUAUUUUUCUAAAUUCUUCAAUCAUGUAUGUCCUCCUCCCUUUUAGCAUUGAGGGUGUGUUAUUUUCUCAGCUGAUUUAGCGCCCGCUACAGAAACAGUCCAGGCAGUGCCAGUGGACGAUCAAUAAUGAUGUGCUGGUGAGGGUAAUAUUUGUUUGUGUGUUUUGUUGUUGUCUCCUGUGGUCUCUUUGUGACCACAAUGUGUUGCACUGUGCCACAUGGUCAUGGUAGACAAAAAUAUGUUAUUACCAAAGAAGCAUUUUGUCCACAUAUCUCUGUCCCAAUGGGCAAUUUUUACUUUUAUAUUUUUAUAACAAAAUUAAAUUACAUUUUCAUUUACAUUUUUAUACAACCAAUAUCAAAACAAUAUAAUCAA